AUGUUGCAUAAUGUGGCGUGCAUUGCUUCGUACAUCGGGGCGGCGGCCACUGCACUGGUCUCGGCAGCUGCAAUCGAGCACCAGCGCCAAGAAUACCAGGACAAAGUCCGCGGUUUCAUUGGCGAGUGCCGCGAAGAGCUGCUGCCGAGACAUACGCGGUUCGUGCUGGCAGCGCGCGAUGCAUGCGACCUCACAGUCAACGCCAUUCAGGUUUUAGUGCUGGCCAAUGACGUUGAGAGGGCCGCAGUGGACAUCCAUCAGCACACGCGUCGCCGUGUCCUGACUCUGAGUGGUGCAGCAGAGAGAUUGAUGGACACAGCAAUGACGCUGAGCAUCACAAGCGCGCAGGUCUUAGUUGCAUCCCCUAGCCGCUUGGCGGAUUUGACCUUCGUGGCCAAGAAGAACCCUGAGCGCAUUUUCAACUUGAUUCAACGGGUGGUCGUGCUGGACCAGUGGACGACCCCGUUGGAGACGGGGAUCUACUCCAAGGAUUGCGAGAGCAAACACCGGCUUUUCACAGAGGGGACAGAUCAGCUGGCAACCAUGGUGGCCGUGAGAAAAGCCGAGCAGCUUGCGGGCACUUUACGUCAAGGAAGGCGACCGAAGGAGGUUGCGGCGGAUCCUGAGGUGGCAGCGUGCGCAGUGGAAAUCAGCCAAGGCAUCUCGGUUUUGCACAAGCCUUUCAGUGCAACAUCUGCUAGUGAUCUCGUGACUGGUAUCUCUGCUUUCGCGAAGAUGAAGAUACUACACACAGACAUGCUGGACAGCUUGAGGGAGCUGCCACGCAAGACUUGGAUGAGUUUGCCGAUGCCCGUGCUGGCAGAGGCUGUGAUAUCAUAUGCCCAAUAUCAGCUGGAGGAUCAUGAUUUUGAUCAGCUUUUGUCUGAUCUUCUGGUCUCUCGAGGGGUGCAAAGGCUAGGGGUGACGAAGCUGGCAAAUUUGGCUUAUGCUGCAGCGACUCUGAACCUUGGGGCCUUUGAAGGUGUCCAUACUUUGUUUGCAGAUGCCUUCGUUGAGGCAGACGUGAGCCGCCUCGGCACGUUCGACCUGUCGAGAGCUUUGUGGUCUCUUGCCAGGUUGGCACCCGCGGUGUGCACGUCAUCGCCAGCGUCGGCGUCAAGACUGUCCGAGGCGCUGCUGAGGCAAAGGAAGCCUCCGUAUGGAUACAGCCUUGGGCAGGUAUUCUGGGCGAUGCCCAGACUGGCCCUGGACUCCGAGCCACUUUGGCAGAAGGUUCGAGCCACCGCAGGCAAGGAGGCUUAUGCGGAGAAGCUGCGUCAAGCGAAGGAUGCCACUAGCCAAGUGGAGCUUCUGCGUGGAUUGGCUGGGACCUGCGAAGCUGCUGGCUUGCAAGCUGCGGUGCUUAAUGCCGCUGUGCUACGUGCCAUGGCCGCAAAAGACGAAGGCAUUGCAGAGAAGGUCUUGCAGUUCAUGGCAGACGGGAGCCUUUGGACACCGGUCACGUACCGGCUGGCCAGCCGACUGGGGAGCUCCGUGAAGGGAUCUCCACCGGCCCCUGGUCUGACAGCACCUGGCCAGAGGGCACACAAGUACGUUCGGGCCUUGUACCAUGCCCUGGCAAGGGCCAGACCCGGUGAUACCACAUCCGCCGCAGCUGCACUCGAAAGCUUCUCAAGAAGCAGCAAGCGAGCUUGGUUGAAGUUUGGUGCAGCAGAUGAGAAAGGCGAAGUACUGGAAGAGGCCUGGAAGAGCCUUCGGAGUGAAGGUAAGCCACUGGUAGCCUUGGAAUUUGGCACUUUCCUGGGCUACUCUGCCACCAAAAUGGUUCGCCAACUGGGCACCGGAUCUCGCGUUAUUAGCUUUGAGAUGGACCCGGAAGUAGCUUGCCUUGCCAUGAAUUUCAUCGAGCUUGCCGGCCUCAGCGAUCAGGUGGAUGUGCGCAUCGGCCAGUGCGAGGAUCUCGUGGAGCAGCUGAAGGAAGAGUUACAACCUGGGGCUGUGGAUGCUGUGUAUAUGGAUCACAACCAGAUCACAUAUCAUAAAGACCUGUCCCAGCUGCAAGAGAGCGGCCUUCUUUCCAAGGAGGUGCUCUUUGCGGCAACGCAGGCAUUGAAACCAGGUGCUCCACUGCUGCUGUGGCACCUUCAGGAGGCGCUGAAAGCUGGUGUGUUCUCCGAGGUUGAGAUUGUCUCAUCACCCGACUGCGGCUUCAAAGAAAUGGAAGACUGGACAGUCCUUGCCAAAGCUGCAACAACUAGAACCCGAAGUCUCAAGCGUCGGCAAGCAGUGGCGACCUCUUUUCUGGCCAUCCCUCGUGAGCUGGUCCUCCUUGCGGCCGAAUGUAACCUCAUGCGUUGGCGUACAGCGCAAGGCAUGGUCGACGAAGCCCGAUGGAAUGAGUUUGUGCAAUAUGUUCGCCAAGGAAUGGAGAAAUUCGCAGGCAUUACGAGCACACGCGACUAUUGGAUGGUGCUUCUGGACAUCAAGCGAACGGAGAAGAAGAAUGAGUUCAUGUAUGAGACAACCGUCAAGGCGAACAUUGGGGACCUCUUGAAGGAACUCUGCGAGCUUCACAACUUGAGGCUCAAAGUCCAGAGGCUCUCCAUGGCCUGCAAGGAGCUGGCAAAGCAUGGGCCCUUGAGACCUGAGGAAACUCGAGGAAUUUCGGAGGACCUCAGCAAAGUCACAGAGCUGGAUGUAAACGCGUAUGGUCAGCCUACCAGACCAGACGAAUCUGGCUUUCGAACUGGAGUCCCACCUCCCCCUGAGGUAGCCGACGUGCUCACUAGAACAGCGGAGGAAGCCGCGGCCGCGGUGGCCGCCGAGCUUGUGCAGCAGAGAAAGUGUGUGGACAAGAAGGUGUGCCAAACGCACAUUGACAACAUGCGUGGUGCUGUUAUGAUUGCGUAUCCCGCUUUCCAUCGGUUGCCAGUUUAUGAUCCGGUGCGCCAAGAGCUGGAGGACAGGGAGGAGCUCGACGGAGCGUCGGAGUUGCAGUGUGUGCUUGAGCCUGCCCACACCAACCUCUGGUGGGCUGGAAAGGAGCUUAGGAUGGACCAGAGCUUGGAGCAAUAUGUGGGGAAAAAUGAGAAGACCAAGAUAGUCGCGAAGCUUGCUCCCAAGAGCUCCGGAGCACCUGUGCGAGAACCUCGAAUUGACGAGAACACGCACAAGGCAAUGAUGGCCCACUAUUACAAAAAGCAAGAGGAGAACAAGAAGUUGCAGGAGGAUGAAGAUGACUCCUACCUGGACUCAGAAUGGGCGAAUCCAAAGGCUCUGAAGAGUGCCUUGGUUGGGAACGGAAGGCCCAUCUCAUGGAAGUCAAGAUAG